UCCAUAUCUAGUUUCUUGUGGCAGGGGCUUACAUACAAGGCAUUAGGCAAGCACAGAACCGCUGUGGCUGUGGGAUUACAUUCUCUAUAAAAGCUUUGGAACCACAUCUGCAUAUCACACUGUCUCAAGUCACAAAUUCUUCAUCUCGUUUGCCCAAAAAAGAACAAAGCCAAGUGGCAGUGAUCUUUUGGGUGAGCGGAGACCUUUCAGGCGUUGUGAUCAUGGCUUAUGAAGAUCGCCGACGUUCCAUCUUUGAGCAGAGCUACCGUUGUUACCCUGUUUCAUUCAUUGAAAAGCCUCAUGUGGAAAAGGGUGACAAAAUUAUAAUGCCCCCUUCAGCUCUUGAUCGCCUCGCAAACUUACGGAUUGACUACCCCAUGUUGUUUGAGCUCAACAAUCCUAUUGCCAGACGAGUCACUCAUUGCGGGGUCCUGGAAUUUGUUGCUGAUGAGGGCCUCAUAUAUUUACCAUACUGGAUGAUGGAGAACAUGCUUUUACAAGAGGGAGACAAAGUUCAAUUGAAAAGUACAAGCCUCGCCAAAGGAACAUAUGUGAAGUUGCAGCCUCACACCAAGGACUUCUUAGAUAUCUCUAAUCCCAAAGCCAUCUUGGAGACCACAUUGAGGAGCUACUCUUGUUUAACCACUGGUGACACUAUCAUGGUUCCUUACAACAAUAAGAAGUAUUACAUUAAUGUAGUUGAGACAAAACCAUCCAAUGCAGUAAGCAUAGUUGAAACUGACUGUGAGGUUGAUUUUGCCACACCUCUUGACUACAAGGAGCCUGAAAAACCAGCACCAUCAUCAACUUUGUCCAACAAGAAACCACGAGAAGUUGAAGAAGAACCCCCUCUAAAGAUAGCAAAAUUCAGCCCAUUUUCGGGUUCAUCAAGACGCCUGGAUGGAAAAUCCUCAAUGCAAUCGGUUCCAUUGGCUUCCUCUUCUGCGGUCAACAAGCAACAAGUAGAGGCUAAAAACGGAACCAUGGUUUCAGAGUCGCCAAGUUUACGUCAACAUUCUGGAAAGCUUGUCUUUGGUUCUAGUACCAACAACCAGUGCCAGAAAGAGACCCCAAAGGUUGCCACAAAGAACAACAGUCAAGAGGCUCCUCAGAAGGCGGAAGAGCCAAAAUUUCAAGCCUUUACUGGGAAGAAGUAUUCAUUGAAAGGCUGAUCAUAGUUAUGCAUUAAUUUCCCAUUAGUCCCCUUUACUAAGAUUAAAAGAUUCCAAGACUUUUCGUCAAAUUACUUUGUCCACUGCAUACUUUAUUAUCACAUUAUAGUUCAAAUUUAAGAUGAUGUGGUACAAAAACACAAUAGAUGGACAGAGAAUUAAAUAUCCCAAGUUGAUGAAAAUUUUGAAUUUUCACUUUAAAGUCCUUUUUGCCAU